AUGCCUUCUCCAAUUGUUACCGCUACAAUCCAGGCAGCUGGCCUGUCAACAGCUUCUAACAUCCUUGCUCAAAUCAUUGAAGCUCGUCAACAGAAUCGUCCUGUGACUUUCGACAUCAUCCAGCUCCUACGGUUCAUUACUCUAACAGUAAUGACCGCGCCUCCCAACUACCACUGGCAAGCCUAUCUGGAAAAGACAUUCCCGGCUUAUCCGGCACCUAAGGGCCCUAACCUAGGUCGUCUCAACGACCUGGAAAUGCAACCUUCUCAAGACGCAGAAGUCAAAGUCGGGCAGCCCCAGAAGAAAGACCCGAAAUUCAGCAUGAAAAACACCCUGACGAAGUGGUUCGUUGAUUGUAUUACUGCCGGUGCUAUCAUGAACACGAUUGCGUUUUUGGUUAUUAUGGGAUUGUUGAAGGGACAGGGCGGUACUCAGAUUGUGAACAAUAUCAAGACGGAAACGAUUCCUAUUAUUGUUGCGGGUUACAAGAUUUGGCCUAUUGCGAGUAUUAUUAGUUUCAGCUUUAUUCCUGUUCAGCGACGGAUUGUGUUUUUGAGCUUCAUUGGGCUUCUUUGGGGUAUUUAUAUGAGUCUGGUUGCUUCAAGAGUCUAA